AAAAAACUUUUGUAAAUGGAGAAAUUGCACGAGGGUCCUCCAAACCCUUAAAAUCUCUGAUACUGAUUUGAAACCCUAAUUUCAAAAUUCUGAAUUCUUUCUGUUGAUGAUGGACAUCGAGCAAAAGCAAGAGGAAAUCAUCCAACAGUUUGUGAAUGAAGCAUCCAAUGUCAAGGCUUCCUCUCUCGUAACCGUCAUCGCUCAAGCCACUUCACAUCCUUCUCUCUUUGCCUUCUCCGAGAUACUUGCUCUACCUAACGUCACUCAGCUUCAAGGCACAGAACAUUCUAUUUACCUUGAUUUGCUUCGGAUGUUUGCUCAUGGAACAUGGAGUGAAUAUAAAAGAAAUGCCGGUGAUCUUCCACAAUUGAAGCCCAAUCAAGUUCUCAAGUUAAAGCAACUCACUGUUCUCACACUAGCUGAGGCAAACAAGGUACUCCCAUAUGAUGUUCUGAUGCAAGAAUUGGAUGUUAUAAACGUCCGUGAGCUUGAAGAUUUCCUGAUCAAUGAGUGCAUGUAUGUGGGUAUUGUCAGGGGCAAACUGGAUCAGUUGCGAAGAUGUUUUCAGGUGCAAUUUGCAGCCGGGAGGGAUCUAAGGCCUGGACAAUUGGGGAGUAUGAUACAUACAUUAUCAAACUGGUUAAGUACAUCAGAUAAUCUACUCAUCACAAUUCAAGAUAAGAUAAAAUGGGCUGACACAAUGAGUGAGCUGGACAAGAAGCAUAAAAAAGAAGCCGAAGAGAGAAUGGAGGAAGUGAAAAAGACACUCUCCCUCAAGAAGUCACAAACUAUGAGCAGGCAGACAUUGACUUUCGAGGCCCUGAGGAGAUGUUCCCCGAACCAGGUGGAGUGAUGGAUUAUGAUGAAGACCGAAGCCGACCGAAGAGGAGGCGCCACCCGUUGGGUUAAAGAGGACCAAAGAGCAAUCAGUCUUUUGGGAUGGGGAUUGUUGCACAGGCUAGCUAGAUUUCUCAACGAACAUUACAAGACAUGAUACACCUGCUUUCUUAGAGGGAUGCAUCAUUUUUUGAACUUGUUAACAUUUGGAGUUAAAACGAUUAUGAAUGCUAAUUUUGAGGAAUCAUUCACCUGUGAUGGUUUAUAGACUUUUUGGGACAUUUUUGGUGCGACAUUAUAUGAUUAAAUCCUCUAUCUUAUUA